AUGUUAAAAGACAAAUGUUUUCUUCCAUUAGAAAAAAUUUCUCGUAUUUAUUAUUUAUAUACAAAUGAAACAAAUCUUAAUAUAGUUCUAUCAAUGUCAAGUUAUCAAAUUUCACCUUUAUUUAUUCAUUUUGAUACAUGUUUUGAUAUAGAAAAACAUCUUCCAAUACUUGCAAUAGUUCUUAUUGUUAUUAUUAGUGUUUUAGAUUUUAUUACAAUAAUUCUUGUUGGUAUUUGUCUAAAGAAACAACUCAUUCGAUUGUAUCAUAUUAGAAAGAAUUGGAUAAAUCAAAAACAUGGUCUGAUACCCUCAAUUACUAUUCAUGGUAAACCAUCAUCAUGA